ACGGCCGUUUGCUGCUCGUUUAAUGUGUUGAUCAUCUAAAAAGCGAUGCGUUUAGUUAGUUAAAUGCUCAUUAUUAGAUAAAUGUGAGGAAUAUAACUUACAAGCAUACUAAAUUCAGACUAAAAUGACGAACUAACCGGCAAGGACCGUUUGAACUUGUGGGCGUAAACGUGCGCGGGUGUGCGACUGCGCGUGAUUUUGGAAUGCAGCGACCGUGAACACACCACGGCGGUUUGGAUAGCUGGUUAACGUUACAGUGUGAAUUCGCCAGGAUGUCGGACAGCGAGUCCAUCAAGAAGAUGCUGCGGUCUGUACUCCAGUCCAGCAAGGCCGGCGUGUCUAUCAACACCCUCCAGUCAGAGUACCGGUCACUGUGCGGAAAGAGCAUCCCGCUGAAGAAGCUGGGCUACUCAAAACUGGAGGACUACCUCGCGAGCAUCCCCUCUGUGGUCCGCCUGGAGCACCGCAUGGGUGAGGUGAAAUGCUUUGCUGCAGUUUGUCGAGAGACAGCCCACAUUGCUGAGCUGGUGGCCAGGCAGAAGAGCUCCAAGAAAUCUGGUCGUUCUCAAUUCGUCAACUGCAAGAUGAGAUUCAAACCUUCCAACCCAUACACGCUCAAUGUGCGUCCGAGGUCCUCUCUCCGCCAACCUUCAGCCGGUGGUGCGUCUAACUGGUUAUCGAACCGUUCUGGGUCCCAUGGCGGCCACAGAGGCUUCAGCGCCUCAGGUGACUACAGGCUGUCGGACCAAAGAUUAAGCUAUAUGACCCCUGUCGAGCGAAGCCAAUCGGCUCCUCUGACGGCUCCUCUGACGACUCUUCAACCAGCUGUAAAACAGAGUUUCAUCCCGGACAGGAAAGGGAAGAGCUUGUCAAACUGUCAGCAGCCCAGAGAGAAGCCUCCUCAACAAGUCUCCAGACCCGGCCAAUCCCUGUCUUGUGUGUAUGACGUGGAGCUGGUGCAGAGCAAAAUAACUCAGCUCCUGGAGAAAUACGACCGUGGAUUGUGGAUGUCGAAACUAUCAGGGGUCUACUUCCAAAUGUUCAGUGAGAAGCUCCACCCUCAGGCGCUCAUAGAUCUGGAAAAGUGGAAACACAUCAGUUUGGUGGAGCAACCUCCCAGCACCAACCGAGCUGACCGCUUGAUCUACCCUCCCCUGCCUCCCCUGCCUCCUAAGCCUUGUGUUGUCCCUAGAAGUAGCACCACCACCAACAUGCUUCUAACAUCCCCCACCGAUUCAGGAACCACCAUCCCACCCAUUUCUUCACGUCACUCAACACCUGACCAACCUUCCACCCCCGUCCCCCCACCCCCUGUCCCUAAACCUAGAGUUUUCCUCCCAAACCUUUUGGCUAAGCCCACCUUCGUUUUUCCUACACAACCCGUUGCUGCCCCUUCAGGCAAGCUGUCUUAUUCAGUCACAUUGCGCAGCCCUGCCCACAACCCAGCUCUUGCUCCGCUGCGGGCCCACCGUGUUAAUCUCGCAGCCAAUGGUGGACAGAAAGAUAAUCACAACUGGCCUACAACUACUCUCAACCACAACCAAAACACACGGCCCUUAGCCCCUACCUGGACAGGCCCUGCAUCAACCAACGCUCCUCCACUAGCGUCCUCCCUCCAUCCUGGCCCUGAAAUCUUACCCCUUUUGAAGGCCACCUUCUCCCCCACGUCCGAUUAUGUCCCUUGUCCUCCCCCAAAAUCUUCUGCUGCCGUCGUGUCAACUGAGGUGCGUCAGAGAAUAAGUGAGCUUCUGUCCAAGUAUAGUCAAGGUCUGUGGGCCCAUGCUUUGUCCAAACUCUAUAUGGACACAUACAAGACGCCAUUCCCCCAACAUGUUCUGGACAACUUGUCUCUUUUGCUGGAUAUGUGCAAUGUGGAGUACCCCAUACCGCAUGACAAGAAGAAGGCCAUCCUGUAUAACACCAGCAGAGCAGACACGGAAGCCACAGACAGCCAAGAAAGGCAGCAGGGCAGAAGCCAUCCCCUUCCCUCUGGUCUGGAGGUCUUGGCUCCUGUGGUGCCUCCCUGUCUGGUUCUUCCCUCAGAGCAGUACCCCUCUGUGCUGAUUACUGAUGCCAAGAGCAGCAAUGCUGUUACUGUAAGGUAUGUGGGUGAGAACUACUCCACUGCCCAGGAGGCCAUGGAGGAGGCCAUGCGCUCUUUCUACAGCAAAAGCUCCAACCACCAUCCUCUGUCUAAACCUGUUGUUGGUCAGCUGGUAGCAGUCAGAGGGGAGGAUGGAGACGAGCUGGCAAGAGCUCAAGUCAUAGAGGUUACGGCCCCUAACAAGGUCAAGGUAUACUAUGUGGACUAUGGCUUUUCUGUGGAAACCAGUGGGAAUAAUCUACUGAAGCUGCACCAGGACUUCCUCUCUCUGCCCUUCCAGGCUAGCAGCGUUAGACUUGCAGGUCUAGAGGCAUUCAAAUCCCAUCCACUGGUGCGGUCUUCUCUGGACAAGUUGGCAGUCGGAAAGAUCCUGCUGAUGGAGACAUUAGAGCCGUGUCAACAGAAUGAGACGCCUUUGGCAGUGCUCUACGAUACUUCGCAGGAUGAUGACAUCAACAUCAACUCCACCUGCCUGAAGGCUCUCCAGGACGUGACCAUGAACAACCCUCUGACUGUAAAUGUUACCUAUCAGGAUGUGUGUGUCACAAAUGUGUGUGCAGAUGGUAUCAUCUACUGCCAGCUGCCCUCAAGAGGAACUGCACGACUCAGCAAGUUACUGGAAGCAACGGAGACCUUCUUCAUCUCCCAGAUGACGUCUGAGUCUCUGGUGUCCAGACCCUUCAGUGGCAAGGUCUGUCUGGCCCGCCACAAAGGAAUGUGGUCCAGAGUGGAGAUCACCAACAUCUACGGCAACAGAGUGAUCGAGAUCCUCUUCAUUGACUUGGGUGUCCCAGCGACUGUAGAGGUCACUGAUCUCCGAGAGAUCCCACCUCCUUCCCUCAAAAACUUUACCAUCAUCCCACCACUGGCUAUCAAAUGUCGCCUGGCUGACGUCACAGUUCCAGAGGGAGACUGGAGCCCAGAGGCCGUUCUGUGGGUGAAGGAAGCGAUCCUGGACUCUAAAGACUGUAAAAUGAAGAUCUUGAAAUUAGAGCAGCACAAAGGGGACUGUCUGGUCUAUAUGUACCUGUUCAUUGGUGCUGACAGUCAGGAGCUGGACAAGAGCAUCAACCAUCAGCUGGCCCAGUCAGAGUUGUGGCAGAAACUCACAACACCGAACAACAACAACCACAACGCAAUCACAUGCAAUAACGGCAGCCUGGAUACAGGUCUCAGUGCUCUGGUAGAGAAGUUGAAUCUGAACAGCCCAGUCCCAAACCCCAUCGCCAAGGACUCAACCCGGCCUCUUCACGGAGCAGAGGACUCAUCUUCUCCAGAUAGAACCACCCAAACUGGGAUGCAGACACUUCCAAUGCCCCCCCCACUGGAGUUCCCCCAGCCUGGUCAGAAUAUGGAUGUGUUCGUGCCAGUGGCAUGCCACCCUGGUUACUUUGUGCUGCAGCCGUGGCAGGACCUGCAUAAGCUGGUGGUGUUGAUGGGGGAGAUGGUCCUCUACUAUAACCAGAUGACGAAGACUAACUCAGCCCCACACAUCCAGAAAGGAGACGUCUACGCUGCCAAAAUAGACAAGAAUUGGCACCGCGUACAGGUGAAGGGGAUUCUGGCCAACGGGCUGGUUUCUGUCUUCGAGUUGGACUACGGCAAACACGAGCUGGUCCGCAGUACUCUCCUCAGGCCUCUGAUAGAGGAGUUCAGACAGUUGCCCUUCCAGGCCAUCACUGCACAACUUGCAGAUAUGACACAGCACCAGUGGUCAGAGGAGGCCUCCAUGUUAUUCAGGAACCACGUGGAGGAUCGAGCGCUGGUGGCCCAGGUGGAGAGUGUGUCGGAGGUUAAAGGUGAGCUGUGGGAACGCAGGAUGACAGUUUACCUGGUGGACACUACAGUGGACGACAGUGACCUUUGGAUUCACAGCAUCAUGGCCGACAUCGGCGGUGAGCUGUCUUCGGCAGCCUGAGGCGUCUUCUCAUGCAUGUUGGUAAAUUAACCAGCGAGCUGACUCUGUGACUGUGAGUCAAACAGUUCUUUUCAUUUUCUAAAAAUGGUGAAAGCACUCCGUGAACUUUGGAAGCCAAAAGUAAGUUUCUCUACCCUUUUGUUCAUUUCCAGCUUUCUGGAUCUUUUUCCCAAUCAAAGACUGUAAAUAAGCCCUUUUUAAUUUUGGGGUCAUAGUCAAGGGCCAUGUCAACUGGAGACAGGAGAUGUUUUGUUAAUGAGUUCCUUUUUUUCUAAAUUUAACGACUAUUGAGUGCAGUUGUACAAAAUUAAUAAAAAGAAAAAAGAUGGAAAAUGUUCCUCGCCACCAACUGUUAGUCUUGCCAGUCUUACAAGUAUUCAAGUAACUCACUUUAAUUCAUCAAAACCUUUUUUUGUUCCUUCAAGUUCAAUUACCUGUGUGUUGCAUGUUUUGUGUUAUUUAUUACUCUAAUUCCACCAUCUGAUUUGUUUUCUUUUUGUUGUUGGCUGUGCCUUAUGCAUGCGAUGGUGUGGCUCAUUUUGCACUUAAUUUAGUGUGUGUGUAUAUAGAGUAGGUUUUUACAUUAAUUCAACUUAAAUGACUUAAACUUCACUGAUGGGAACAUCUUGUUUAUUAUUAUCCCGUGAUAACUUGAUUGAAAAGAAUAAGUUGUAAUACUUCUAGUGUUGUUUCCACAUGAAAAGCUGUUCACAAGGUUUUGUUGAAUUAAAAUACGUAGUCAAAGGGAGGGUGUACUUUGACUGAAAGCUUUAAAAAAAUAAUAAAAAGUGUGCAGAGAUGG